AUGAAGACCACCGUCACAUCCGUGGCCACAGCCAUCCUUAUGGGCACUUCUGCUGUCCUGGGAGGCUCAGUCACGCCCAUCACCGUCAAAGGUAAUGCCUUCUUCCAAGGCAACGACCGUUUCUACAUCCGUGGUGUGGACUAUCAGCCCGGCGGCUCCUCCAAGUUGGCCGAUCCCAUCGCCGACGCGGAUGGCUGCAAGCGCGAUAUCCAGAAAUUCAAGGACUUGGGCUUGAACACCAUCCGUGUUUAUUCGGUGGACAAUUCCCAGGACCACGAUGAGUGCAUGAACGCGCUCGCGGAGGCGGGUAUCUACCUCGUUCUCGAUGUCAACACACCCAAGUACGCCAUUAACCGUGCCGAUCCCAAGACUUCGUACAAUGAUGUCUACCUGCAGUACGUCUUUGCCACGGUGGAGAUGUUCGCCAAGUACGACAACACACUGGCCUUCUUUUCUGGCAAUGAGGUCAUCAACGAUGGUCCUUCCUCCAAGUCAGCUCCUUACGUCAAGGCGGUAACUAGGGAUAUUCGUACCUACCUUCGUGCGCGGAAACUGCGCCAUGUGCCUGUUGGAUACUCUGCGGCUGAUGUCGACACUAACCGCCUGGAGAUGGCCGAGUACAUGAACUGCGGCCCUGACGACGAGCGCAGCGACUUUUUCGCUUUCAACGACUACUCAUGGUGCGAUCCUUCCUCGUUCACCAUUUCAGGCUGGGACCAGAAGGUCAAGAACUUCACUGGAUAUGGAAUUCCACUCUUCCUCUCCGAGUAUGGCUGCAACACCAACGAGCGUAAGUUCGAGGAAGUCAGCGCCCUGUACUCCACUGAGAUGACCUCCGUCUACUCUGGCGGAUUGGUCUAUGAGUACUCCGAGGAAUCGAGCAACUACGGUCUGGUCAAGAUCAGCGGCAACGACGUCAAGGAGCUUCCGGACUACGACGCUCUCAAGAUCGCCUUCUCCAAGACCUCCAACCCCAAGGGCAAUGGUGGCUACAACUCAACCGGCGGUGCUAACCCCUGCCCAGCCAAGAACUCUCCCAACUGGGAUGUCGAUGGCGAUUCGCUCCCUGCCAUGCCCGCACCUGCCAAGAAGUACCUGACGCAGGGAGCUGGAAAAGGCAAGGGAUUUAGCGGCGGCGGUAGCAUGGAAGCAGGCACCCAGUCCACCGGCACUGCAGCUCCCGGCUCGGGCUCGGUGUCCGAAGAUAGUUCCUCUAGCGGUUCUUCCGGCGGGGCUUCAUCCAGUGCUGCCGCUGUGGCCGUCAAGCCCAUUGGUCUGAGCACGGCUUCCAUGGUUAUGGGUUUGGUGACGGCUCUCUCGACGCUGUUCGGCGCCAGUCUGAUUCUUCUGUAG